UACCGAUAUAUUUCUGUGUUUAUAAACAUUUUUUGGUAAGUGAUCUUGUGUGAUUAGUGAAUAUAAAGGAUUUUUAAGUAAUAAAAUGGAUAAUUUUUAUUGAAUGAAAAGUAUCCCGCAGAACCACUAUGAAAAAUAGUUCCAGAUCAAAUUCUCUGAAAAAUUGGGAAAUGUUAAACUCUUAGAAGAAUAGAACUGUAUAUCCCGAAUGGAAUUUUAGCUGGAAAGAUAUACAUUAUUAUGAAACGAAAUCAUGCCGGUCAAUAUACAUACUCACAACAAAAUAAAUCGUACGCAAAUAACAAUAAAUCAUAUGGAUCAAAUCAAAAUCUAUACUCUAGUGGCGGCGGGGGUGGGAAUAACUCAUCAACAAACUCAUAUCAAACAAAUAAAUUGAAUACACCACCGCCAAUUUUACCAAAUACGUAUUCGGUACCACCACCGCCAAUAACAGAUCCAACUCGUCUAUAUUAUUCACAUAAUUCGCCCAAUCGUAAUACGUAUACAAACAUUCCAUCGGCCGAACCACCGGGUACACCACCUUCAAUUCAUAAUAUACGUAAUGGUAUUGUUCCAGUCACACAUCAUCAUACUAAUUAUUAUGUGCCACUAUCACCAUACCAUCCACCGCGAAUACAAUGGGCUCAAUCGAUUUCACCUAUGCCAGGUGGAAUUGACACUAGUACGCCACCACCAAGAAGAUGGCCCCCACCGUCGCCCUUGGUAAUGGGUGCCAAUGUAUAUGUGCCACGACCGUCACCGCCAAUAAGAAAAAAACAACGGAAAAAGACUAUUGCACAAAAUGUUCCUUCACGUGAAAUAAAAAUCGAAGAUGCUGAAGCUGCCCUAAAAUGUGAAAUGGAACAUACAUACACAACGAAGCAAUUAAUGAUACGUUUCCCAGAUCCUCCAAUUGAUCGUGACACAGUAUUAAAAUUCAAUCCAAAUAUAAAAAAAGUACAUUUUCAACAACCAUCAACACCACGAUAUUGCUUUAUACAAUUAGAUGAAGAUGCAGAUACGGAAAAAGUGAUUCAAGAAUUACGUGAAGUCAAAUUCGGAUUAGGUAAUUUACGUGUGGAAUUAAAACAUGAUGCGACACGUCGUGCAAAGGCAGAAGAUAUCGAUCCAUACGUAUUGUUCGUUGGUAAUAUUAGUCAACAUACACCAGCGGAAACAAUUAAAACUUUAUUUCAUCCUGGUCGUGUUGAUAUUGGCCCAUCACAAAAAAUUAAAAAUUCACGUUAUGCGUUAGUGAAAUUUAACACUGCACAAGAAGCAAUUGAAGUAUUUAAGAAAACGCAAGGGAUCAUGGUCGGUGAUCAUAGUUUGAAUGUUCGAUUUAGGCGUCUAAAUGGAUCUGUAGGAUUCCCAGGUGAUAAAGUAAUAGUUAAAAAGGCUGCAAUCACACCAGCAAAUGCAGAAGAAGAAAAUAAUAAAAAUGAAGAAACAAGUAAAGCAAGUACAAGUAAAUCCUCGAAUCAAAACUUAUCAAAAGACGAUAACCAAAAAACAGAUGGAGAAAAUAAUCAUAACAAUGAUUUACCUCCAGUGAAAAAAGAAGAAGAAUAUUUUUAUUACGAGCAUCCAGAACCCGCGGAUGAAAUGGAUAUCAAAUUAAAGAAUGAAUAUUUCAAUGAACAGAACGAAUAUUACAUGGAACAUCCGGAAUACGAAUACGAUUAUGAUUACUUCUAUGAAAGCGGAUUUGCCGACAAUCAAGACGUCCAAUCAUCUUCAUCAAGUACAACAUACACGUCAACAAUGACACCCAAUGAAAAUGAUCAUUUAGAUGCAAAUGAAUUUGCAGCACAAUUAAAAUCUCAAUUACAACAGAACGAAUCAUCGUCUACAAGUAGAAAUAAUGGACAACCAUGGUCAGUAGGUAGAAAGAAUGAUUUAGGUCCGACUGUAAAACAAAUUCAUUUACCACCUCCACCGAAGACUGCUCCACCAGAAAUACCUCCUCCCCCACCUGGACCACCGCCUGGACCUCCUCCAGCUCCUCCAAAUAGGUAUGACAUACCUUCGAAUUUAGAUGAAAUUCGUGUUAAAUCUGAACUAGAGAAUGAUGGAUAUGAAAAUCGCUGUGAUCAUGACGAUGAUGAUGAGAACGAUGAAACUAGACAGUUUUUAAGCGAACUACAAAAACUUAGUGAGAAUAUUUCAAAUGAUAGAUCAUCGUCAUCAACGAGCCGGCCCAAUGAGGCUGAACAUGUACCUAAAAGUGAAUGUGAUACGCAAGACCAUAAUAAAAAAAAUACGGAUCUAUUUGUACGAAUACCACGUGACAAAAUUAAAAUUAAUUCACUGGCGUCAAUAAAUAAUCGACAAGAUGAUAAAAAUUCAAGUAGUGACUUUUUAUCCUUUUCAAAUAAUCGAUAAGCACAGGAUUUUAUGUAUGUGAAAUAUUUUGUAAACGAUCAAUAAA